AUGGCAUUAGAAGAUGUGCAAACAAAGUACGGUCAGCAUUUGCAAUUUGAUUACAAGUACAUCAACGGUGGGAAUGUUUGUAAAGGAAACCGCGUGGGAGCCAUUGCAGCUGAUCUACACACCACGUACAAUAUCUCCGCUUUUAUUGGGCCGGGUUGCAGUUUUGCUGUGGAAAUCUUGGGUUAUAUGGCGGCGUCUUGGAAUUUACCUCUCAUUACCCCGGUAGGAACAAAGUCUUCACUGAGCAACAAGAGAGAUUACAACACCGUUACGAGACUCUCCUACGAUAUGAGCAAAUUUGCGAAAUUCUACCGGACAUUAUUCAGUUACUUCAAAUGGGAACACGUGGCUGUGAUUUACGACCUAGACAACAUAUUCAGCAAGAUCGUUGGGGACAGCUUACAUAAGGACUUCGAAAUUAACAGACUUUACUCUAAGGAAUUCCCUUACAGCUCCACCGAAAACCCAGACUAUAACGCCAUAUUUAACAAAGCAAGUUCCUUGUCGAGAAUUUUUGUCAUGGCCUCACAUGGAGACACAAUGAGACAGCUGAUGUUAUUGGCGCGGGAAAAACAGAUGACCAAUGGAGAGUACUGUUUUAUAUUCAUUCGGUUGUUUGAUGGAGACGACGUGGGCAAUCCCUCGUGGUAUCGAAAUGACUCCCUGGACGAGGCCGCACGGGAGGCUUACCACUCUGUGAUUACCGUGACGCUGAUGAAACCCAGCAGCCAAGAGUUUUAUAAUUUCACACAGGAAGUGAGGCGCAGGGCUCUUGUUAACUAUAAUUAUGACUACGGCCCAGCUGAGGUGAAUAACUUUAUAGUGGGAUUUUACGACGCGUUCUUGGUAUAUGCUGAGGUUUUGAACCAAACCUUAGCGGAGGGAGGAGAUCCCUAUGACGGAUUGGCCAUCACACAUCGUAUGUGGAACUCGACUUUUGAGGGAAUGUCCGGUCGAAUUGCGAUAGAUGAAAACGGAGAUCGGGAGACGGACUUUUCCUUGUUGGACAUGGAUCCAGCUACAGGGGAGUUCCGGAUUUGUUUGUGUUCCGAACAAUCUUCUGUGUGCCGUCUUCUGAACAAAAUCACGUAUUAUCAGUUCGCCCCAUUAAAUGUCUUACUUUGGCGGAUGAAACUGGAAUCGGAUUUAGAGAGUAAUUGGUGGAAGAUUAAGUACGAAGACAUCCAUAUGCACAACAAGAGCGUUGUCCGCUCUCUGUUGUCAACAUCUAGGGGCGAGGCUCUGAGCUCGAAUAUCUCCGCAGUUGACGCUCAGCAGAUGUUUGCAUUGGUUGGAAUAUACAAGGGCAACUGUGUCGCUAUCAAGAAACUUCAGCUUAAAUCAAUAUCUAUUACCAGAGAUCUGAAAUUAGAGAUGAAACAGAUGAGAGACAUUAGCCAUCCUAAUCUGGUGAAAUUUGUGGGAAUAUCCACCGAGCCACCAACCAUAGCCAUACUGACAGAAUACUGUCAGAAAGGCAGUCUCCAGGACAUCCUUGGGAAUUUAUCCAUACAACUAGAUUGGGAAUUCAAGAUGUCUUUGCUCAAUGACGUCUGUCAGGGGAUGGUUUACCUACAUCAGAGUAGCUUGGGCGUCCACGGAUAUUUGUCCAGCUCUAAUUGUGUCAUCGACAAUCGCUUUGUUCUCAAACUCACCGACUACGGUUUGUUGUCACUGAGGACGGCACAAGAUUCCACGAGUACCAAGCGCGAAGGAAGAAAGCUGUGGGUAGCCCCGGAACACUUGCGCCAAUCAGAAUACCGUACGUCCCGGGAAGGAGAUGUUUACAGUUUUGGGAUCAUUAUCUACGAAAUUGUUUCUAGACAAGAACCCUAUGAAAGCGAACUAGACAAUUUAGAAUUAUGCGAAAUCAUAACAAAGAUAGCCAAUGGCAGUAGACCGCCAUUCCGUCCAUCCAUGGAGGGGUUAGAAUGUACCAAAGAGGUGUCUCAGCUUAUUGUCUCAUGCUGGGAUGAAGAACCGUCCAAAAGGCCCACGUUUAUGUAUCACAUGUAGUGUUUGUAUUUGUGUGUUCUCAGCGGCCGUGAAGGAAAUCUUCUGGACACAUUAUUACGACGAAUGGAGAAUUACGCUAACAAUUUAGAGCAGCUUGUGGAGGACAGGACGAAUGCUUUCCUGGAAGAGAAAAAGAAAAGCGAACAGUUGCUAUACCAAGUAUUACCGAGGACUGUUGCCGAACAGCUGAAGAACGGGAAUUCCGUGCAACCGGAAGCUUUUGACUGUGUGACCAUAUACUUUAGUGAUAUCUGUGGUUUCACGAACAUCUCAGCCGAGAGCACACCUAUCCAGGUCAUCGAUUUGCUGAACGACCUCUACACAUGCUUUGACAGCACGAUAGACACGUUUGACGUCUACAAGGUGGAGACGAUAGGCGAUGCAUAUAUGGUGGUUUCCGGUUUACCAAUCAGAAAUGGAGAUGAACAUGCGCGUGAGAUAGCGCUUAUGUCACUGGCUAUUCUAGAGCGCGUGAAAAGUUUCAAAAUCAGGCACAAACCUGAAGAACCACUUCGGGCAAGGAUAGGAGUUCAUUCAGGGUCCGUGUGCUCUGGAGUGGUGGGACUGAAAAUGCCGCGGUACUGUCUGUUUGGAGAUACCGUGAAUACCGCAUCGAGAAUGGAAUCACACGGUGAAGCUUUAAAAAUACACACAAGUGACACGACGAAAGCCCUACUUGACGCCAUUGGAGGGUUUGAGCUCGAUCUUAGAGGGGAGAUAACUGUGAAGGGAAAAGGACAAAUGAAGACAUACUGGCUAAAGGGUACCACAGCUUCAACCAAAAAAUGUCCGACUGUCUGA